AUCGAUAAAUCCAAAUAACACAUACAGGCACUCACACACACACGUACACACACACACAGCGACAAGAUGAUGAUGGAGAACGGUCUCUCCAUGGAGUACGGCGAUGGCUAUAUGGAACAGGAGGAAGAAUGGGAGCGUGAGGGUCUCCUGGAUCCUGCGUGGGAGAAGCAACAGAAGAAGACAUUUACCGCCUGGUGUAACAGUCAUCUGCGUAAAGCCGGUACCGCCAUCGACAACAUCGAGGAGGACUUCCGCAACGGCCUCAAGCUUAUGCUGCUGCUGGAGGUGAUCUCUGGUGAGACGCUGCCCAAGCCCGAUCGCGGCAAGAUGCGCUUCCACAAGAUCGCCAAUGUGAACAAGGCCCUUGACUUUAUUGCCUCAAAGGGUGUACAUUUGGUAUCGAUUGGUGCCGAGGAGAUCGUUGAUGGUAAUCUGAAGAUGACCCUGGGUAUGAUCUGGACGAUCAUUCUACGGUUCGCCAUACAGGACAUUUCCGUUGAGGAGAUGACCGCCAAGGAGGGUCUGUUGCUGUGGUGCCAGCGCAAGACGGCACCCUACAAGAACGUCAACGUACAGAACUUCCAUCUGUCGUUCAAGGAUGGUUUGGCCUUCUGUGCCCUCAUCCAUCGCCAUCGUCCAGAUCUUAUCGACUAUGCCAAGCUGUCCAAAGACAAUCCUUUGGAGAAUCUCAACACUGCCUUUGAUGUGGCCGAGAAGUAUCUGGAUAUUCCUCGCAUGUUGGAUCCAGAUGAUUUGAUCAACACUCCGAAACCGGAUGAACGUGCCAUCAUGACGUACGUCUCCUGCUACUACCACGCCUUCCAGGGAGCCCAACAGGUUGGAAAUGUGACGCAUGUACCCGAACCCACAAGACAAUACACCUACGUCCCGAAUAAUUACAAUGCGGAAACUGCUGCCAACCGCAUCUGCAAGGUGCUGAAGGUCAACCAGGAGAAUGAACGCCUCAUGGAGGAGUACGAGCGUCUGGCCAGUGAUCUGCUGGAAUGGAUCCGUCGCACUAUGCCGUGGCUGAACUCCCGCCAGGCUGACAACUCGCUGGCCGGUGUCCAGAAGAAGCUGGAGGAAUACCGCACCUACCGCCGUGGCCACAAGCCACCCCGUGUCGAGCAGAAGGCCAAGCUGGAGACGAACUUCAACACUCUGCAGACCAAGCUGCGCCUGUCCAACCGGCCCGCCUAUCUGCCCACCGAGGGCAAGACCGUGUCGGACAUUGCCAAUGCCUGGAAGGGUCUGGAACUGGCCGAGAAGGCCUUCGAGGAGUGGCUGCUGGCCGAGACUAUGCGCCUGGAGCGCCUCGAACAUCUGGCCCAGAAGUUCAAGCACAAGGCCGAUGCCCAUGAGGACUGGACCCGUGGCAAGGAGGAGAUGCUCCAGUCUCAGGACUUCCGCCAGUGCAAGCUCAACGAGCUGAAGGCCCUGAAGAAGAAGCACGAAGCCUUUGAGUCUGACCUGGCCGCCCACCAGGAUCGCGUCGAGCAGAUCGCCGCCAUCGCCCAGGAGCUGAACACCCUGGAGUACCAUGACUGCGUGUCGGUGAAUUCCAGGUGCCAGCGCAUCUGUGACCAGUGGGAUCGUCUCGGUGCUCUCACCCAGCGCCGACGCACCGCUCUGGACGAGGCCGAACGCAUUCUGGAGAAGAUCGACAUCUUGCAUUUGGAGUUUGCCAAGCGUGCGGCGCCGUUCAACAACUGGCUGGAUGGCACACGGGAGGAUCUGGUCGAUAUGUUCAUUGUCCACACCAUGGAGGAGAUCCAGGGCCUGAUCCAGGCGCACGAUCAGUUCAAGGCGACACUGGGCGAGGCCGACAAGGAGUUCAAUCUGAUUGUGAACCUGGUGCGCGAGGUGGAGUCGAUUGUGAAGCAGCACCAGAUCCCCGGCGGUCUGGAGAAUCCCUACACCACGCUGACCGCCAACGAUAUGACACGCAAGUGGAGCGAUGUCCGCCAGCUGGUGCCCCAGCGGGACCAGACCCUGGCCAACGAGCUGCGCAAGCAGCAGAACAACGAGAUGCUGCGCCGUCAGUUCGCCGAGAAGGCCAACAUUGUUGGACCCUGGAUCGAGAGGCAGAUGGACGCUGUAACGGCCAUUGGCAUGGGACUGCAGGGAUCGUUGGAGGAUCAGCUGCACCGACUGAAGGAGUACGAACAGGCGGUGUAUGCCUACAAGCCCAAUAUCGAGGAGCUGGAGAAGAUCCACCAGGCCGUCCAGGAGUCGAUGAUCUUCGAGAACCGUUACACCAACUACACGAUGGAAACUCUGCGCGUUGGCUGGGAGCAGCUGCUUACCUCCAUCAAUCGCAACAUCAACGAGGUGGAGAACCAGAUCCUGACUCGCGACUCCAAGGGCAUCAGCCAGGAGCAGCUGAACGAGUUCCGCAGCAGCUUCAAUCAUUUCGACAAGAACCGCACCGGUCGCCUGACGCCCGAGGAGUUCAAAUCGUGCCUGGUAUCGCUUGGCUAUUCGAUCGGCAAGGAUCGUCAGGGCGAGAUGGACUUCCAGCGCAUCCUGGCCGUCGUCGAUCCCAACAACACUGGCUACGUUCACUUCGACGCCUUCCUCGACUUCAUGACCCGCGAGAGCACCGACACCGACACUGCCGAACAAGUCAUCGACUCCUUCCGAAUCCUGGCAGCCGACAAGCCAUACAUUUUGCCCGACGAACUGCGCCGCGAAUUGCCACCAGAUCAGGCCGAAUACUGCAUCCAGCGCAUGCCACCCUAUAAGGGACCCAACGGUGUGCCCGGCGCCCUGGACUACAUGUCCUUCAGCACAGCUCUGUACGGCGAGACCGAUUUGUAAGAGGCCCAGCCAACCGAUGGACGAGAGCAGAGCCACAAUCAUAUAAUAAUGAUAAACUUUAAUAAUAUAAUAAUAUUAAUAAACAUAGAUUUAUUAUAUAUACCUACACUCGUAACGGUAACUGCAGAAGAACUUCAGAGCAUCGUGUGCAGAGCAAGAAGAAGAAUACAUAAUAUAUUUAUUUAAUUUCCGUCUCGAGUCGAUGUAUGCGACCCCAUACAUACAACAAACAACAAACAAACAACAACAACAAACAAACAA